AUGCAAACAUGUUUAGCUUUGCCUGUGUACUGUGUAGCAACAAUGGCGGCCUCCAUGAAGCAAGUCUGUCUGUUCCGGCAGUUAUCUUACUCUACAGAGCACCUGGAGGACAAAAUCAAACCGCCGAUCAAACCAAAGCGAUAUGUCCUGGACAGGCUAGUCAAAUUUAUAACCAGCUCUGCAGAUGAGCUAGAGAAGAGAGCUCCCAGUGUUUUUCAAGUCUACAGGACUUUCAGAACAGGUGUCUCCAGUUUUGUGACUGAUACGAAGGAUUACUACAGGGUGUCUUCCAGGCUGUGGGCAGGAGAAAGUCUUGCUGCCUUCUCUAGGAAGGAGUUGGAGCUAUACAGACAAUUCUCGUCCGAUCUCCCAUUGGUGGGUUUAAUAUUUGUCAUUGCCUUUGCUCCAGGAGGUGUUGCAGUAUUCCCGUUUGCAUAUGUCUUCCCACGUCAUCUGUUGUCCCAUCACUUCUGGACACCACUGCAGAAAGAAGAGUUCCGUCGCAUUGCCUUGACAAAAAGGCUCAAGCAUUACGAUAGCAUCCUCGACUAUCUGCAUCUGUUGAGCCAGCAUAUAGAGGAUCCUACCUUUAAAGAACAUGUCCUCAAAGCUAUACAAAAGCUAGACACCAAUGUUUUGUUGGCGAGUAAGGAGAUCCUUGAAUUGUCUCCCUUGUUUGAAGGCAAGCCGUAUAACAUGGAUUGUCUAUCUUUGAGACACAUGCGUCACCUGGGCAAGAGUUUGGGUUUGUCCGUCAGGAGGAGGAGGUUGGUGAAAGAUGCCCUAUUAUUACACUACAUGGACGUGGCCAUGGUCAGGGAAGGAAUUAACAACAUGACAGAAGAGGAACUGGAUAAGGCAUGUGACUGGAGGGGGUUGAAUCCCCAGGAUCUUUGGCGUAAAGAUAAAGUAUCUUACCUGGAAAGCUGGACUCAGAUUAGCUCCACUGUCCAUGAAUCAAGCAUUUCCCUUUUGCUGCAUCUUCCGGUACUUCUAGGAUACUGCCUUCCCACAAAUCGUGAACUCAUGGGACCAAAGAGUGCCAGGUUGCGUGGCAGAUUAUCAUAG